AUGGUUGUUGAACAAACAGGACGUGGUGAACGUGCCUAUGAUAUCUAUUCUCGUUUACUUAAAGAACGUAUAAUUUGUGUAAUGGGUCCUAUAACUGAUGAAUUAUCAAGUGUAGUUAUUGCUCAACUUCUUUUUCUACAAUCUGAAAGUUCAAAAAAGCCUGUUCAUAUGUAUAUUAAUAGUCCUGGUGGAGUAGUCACUGCAGGACUUGGAAUUUAUGAUACAAUGCAAUACAUUACACCACCGAUUGCUACAUGGUGUGUUGGUCAAGCCUGUUCAAUGGCAUCACUUUUAUUAACAUGUGGUACACAUGGUUUACGUUAUUCAUUACCAAAUUCGAGAAUUAUGGUUCAUCAACCUUCUGGUGGUAUACAGGGUCAAGCAACAGAUAUUAUGAUUCAUGCAGAAGAAAUCAUAAAAUUAAAACGAGUAGUUAAUCAACUUUAUGUUAAACAUACAGGUCAAACAUUGGAAGAAAUUGAAAAAUUACUCGAACGUGAUAGAUUUCUUGAUGCUGAAAGUGCUAAACGUCUUGGUCUUAUUGAUAAAGUUCUUGAACAUCCUGUACAAGAUAUGCAACUUGAAGUUGAAAAACAAAAUAAAACAAAUAAUUAG